AUGGGUGAAGAAAACUUAAAAGAAAUGGUAAAUGAAGAGAAAGUACAGACUCCUGCAGAAACAAACAAACCACAUAUAUUGACAAAGGAACACAAAAAGGCUUUAAGCAAUUUCAGAGAACAAGUCAGAUAUAAGGACUAUAAGGGGCUUGUAAGAACUCUAAAGGUAAUUGAGGAAAUCAUUCUGCGCCCGCAGCUUUACAUUAUAGAAGACAAGUACAGGGAAAGAUACGAGCUAGUUCACGAGAACAUUCUGCUAUUAAAAAAUAUUCUAAUAAGUGACAUAAAGUAUAGCAUAACAAAUGAAAAGGGGCUUGAUAAAAGCGCAGUUCUUCUGUCAACGAUCCUAUCGGAAAAGUAUGUGUCGGAUGUGCAAAAGUCCAUUGUGAUCUGGAUGUCAAAUAAUGUGCAAACAAAGCACACUAAAGAGAUACAAAGGUUGGAAAAUCUGAUAGAUGUAGAGAACUCUCUAAAGCUACUUCUUACCAUAAAGGAUAAUGUAGGCAUGAAAACAGCGCAUCUUCCAAUUUGGUGGAAUAUUUCUAAAGUCAUUCUGUGCGACCUUUCUAUUAUUUUGAAGAAUAAGCUGAUCCGUGUGAUUGACAGAGCAGAUUUCUCGUGUGUUGACUAUUUGGAGGCCCUAAAGGCAUGCAUGGAGUUUGAAACCACAUAUCUUCUGAUUUCAGGUAGAAAAGCAACAUCUCUUAACAACAAAACAAAGAUAGAAGGUCUUGAGGUCUCAGAGAGAUCGCCUGCACAUCUGAAGCUGCUUGACGAUAUAUCUACAGAGCUUCCUAUAUGCAAUGAAGAGAUUGAGCCAAACUCUCUAACUAUUGCAUUUAUACCAUAUAUUCACAUCUACAUUGAAAACGAGCUAAAGCCACUGGCUGACAAAAAAAUGCUUUUUGUUAAGAAUGAGGUGCACAGCAGUACAUACAGUAUAUACACCACCCUGACACAGACGCUAACAAAGCUGCUCUACUUUAAAUUUCCAAGUGUAGGAUACUCCUUUCUCACAAUAGUUGAUAAAGUUAUCUCAAAAAUCAUCAGCAAAUCACCCUUCACGGAGGCAAAAGAGAACUUUCUUUCUGGAAUUGAAACCAUGCACUAUGUAAAGCAGAUGACAAAAGAAAUGCUUGUUAAGCUUCAGAAAACAUUUAACAUCUCGGACAUCGCGUCUCCUAGUACCAUUCAUGCGCUUGAUGAUCUAUCCCAUAGAAUGUAUGCGUCUUAUAUGCUAUACAUGCAGGACAGGCUGUCCUUUUUAAACAAGAAGACUCUAAAGGCAGGAAAUCUAGAAAGCUACACAAUUCCUUUUCUUGCUGAGCUAAUUCAAGAGAUAGAAAGCAUAUCGAGUGUUUCGUUCACGUCAUAUGACUAUCUACUCAAAGAGUGGCUGGAUAUGCUAGGAGAGGCAAUCUUUUUAGUUCUGUGCGAGAUGAAGUUUACUGUCUCGCAAGCAGAGCAGGUUCUGUACUUUAUGAGUGCGGUUGAGGUUCCCUUGAAGAGCACUAUUUUAGUGCAUCUUGAGCUAGAUAUACAGUACUCAAUAUUCGACAAGGCCAAGCUCUUUCUAAAGCUUUUCCUGCAGGAGCCGUCUUCCCCUGAGCAAUUUAUAGAAAACUUCUACAAGAUGUCAAAUGGCCUAUUUGCUUUCCACCAGGUUCUGACAAAAGUUCCAAAAAAGCACCACAAAAAUCUUAUUACAGAGUUUAACAAGAGCUCGUCUCUAAAUACUCUGUGA